AUGCGCACUCACAAACUUGGCACCCACCGUACAACCACACUUACCACUGCUGACCAGUGGGAGGCUAUGCUGCUCAGCAGCGCUCCAAACAUCAUUGUUUCCGAGAAUGGGCCAGCAUUCACCAGCAGCCAGUACGCUGACUUCCUGAACAGGAAUGGCAUCAGUCGCAUGCUGAUCAGCCAGCUGAGCAACAAGCAACAGCGCCUGUGGAGCCUGCAGGAGCUGCUGCUGAGUCAGAACAGCCAUCAAGUCAGCCCCACAACAGAACUGAGUGACCCUAUGGACUCCGACAACGACUACACCGUCGUGGAGGGCAAGCGACUGAAGAGGAAAUACCGCAGGACAACCAAAGAUAUCUUGUUCGACGGAAUGCGAGCAGUGGGCGUCACCUUCAAGAAGAACCAGCGUAAGCACACUGUUCGCGCAGCCAAGGAGAUCAUCGUAUCCGCAGGAGUCAUCAACUCACCCAAGCUGCUCAUGCUGUCGGGCGUUGGACCAAAGAAGCACCUCGAAGAGAUGAACAUUCCGGUGGUGGCGGAUCUUCCGGUUGGCGAGAAUUUGCAGGACCACGCUUUGGCCGCCGGAUCGCUGGUGCACCUGAACGAGAGCCUCGGCGAGGGAUUCACCGGCGUUAGGGGAGCCAUCGAGUACUACCGGUACAACACGGGACCCUGGACACUACCAGGCGGCAUCGAGGGCAUAGCUUUCUACAAGACCAAGUACGCUGACCAGAACGAUGACUUCCCCGACAUCGAGAUAAUGCUGAACACGGGUCCACCGGCUUCCAGCUACACCGAGCCUUUCCUCAUCGGGUUGGGGCUUAAGCAGGAGGUUUACGACAAGUACAUAUUGCCGCACCGCGGAGAGCCUGCAGUGAACAUGAUCCCUUUUGUGACGCGACCAAAGUCAAGAGGAUACGUCAAGUUGCGCUCCACGGACCCUGAGGAUCCCCCAAUCAUCGUGUCGGGCUACUACACACACCCCGACGACGUCAAGGUCAUCGUUGAAGGCCUGAAGUUCGUUCACAACAUCACAAAGACGAAGGCGUUCGCAGAGAUAGGUGGCCGCAUGUGGACCGAGGUGUUUCCAGGCUGCGAGGAGCACGAGCAAUACAGCGACGAAUACUGGGCCUGCCUGGCACUGGCAUUCCCAAAGACGGCGUACCAUCCGGCCGGAACCUGCCGCAUGGGCAACGACCACCGGGCAGUGAUCGAUCCCAGGAUGAGAGUUCGCGGGGGCGUCACCAACCUUCGCGUGGUGGACACGUCGGCCAUCCCGGAGAUGAUCACGGGCCACCUGAACGCGCCGGUCAUCAUGAUGGCUGAAAAGGCGGCCGACAUGAUCCUCGAGGACAACGGGAACGUGGUUCCGGACUCGCCGAGGCUCAACUACCGCGUCCGAGGACGCUCCCCUCAAGGAUCGCAACAAGGAGCCCACUCGGCUGCUGCGGCGUCGACUCUCUCGCAGGCCGCGCCGUGGCCGCUGCUUAGGGCCAUGGUGCCCGUCUUGCUCGCGUGCUUGGCAGUUUCGUGACGCUCCGCUUCGGUGCUGUUGGCGUCAAUGUUGCAGCUAGGAAAUAAUGUGGUGCGAAUGUUGCCUCACAAUAUGUCUUUGUUCGAGGACGUUUAGGCCAGGCAUUAGCGCUCUCCCUCUACGCCAUAUUUCACAGCCGUGAAUAUGCCUCGCUAGGCGCGCAGAUAAAGAUAACAUUUUUUUUCUGCACCAGCGUUGUGCAUAUUUUAUUUUUGAAGUUUCGUCGGGCAGCAAUCAGCUUGCAGGAGCGUGAGAAAAGCAGUAACUUGAAUUGCAUUAAUCAGCAUGAUUGUGAUCUGUGAAACAUUGUCUUAGAAAGACAUACCACUGCAGUGCGAUUUGGAUAAGACAAAACAAUAGACGAGUGGCAAGUGAUUGUUUUUUCGUUUGCUUUAUGUGCACUUCUGUUCUAGUUUACUAUUAGGUAAACAAUUUUUGCCGGUAACAGCAAUGCGGCAACGAAUGGAAGGUUGCUAUAGUUCACGAGUGCUUCAAGCAGUGUGCGCUAAGGCCAGUACACCAGCUGGCCUUCAUUAGUUGUGGGGAAAACCACCGAAAACCAAUCUAAAAAUUUCAAAAGGACAUGAUUAUGUUCACGCCUAUCCACAUCGUCUUCCAACAUCAUGACAAACAUCCUUCAGAAGCAUCCACCAUUUUGGCAGCCUACUGUGCUAGGGUAGUUUCGAUUUCCCCCAAGAAAUCGAUUGCCUCAUGAAUAAAUAUGCAGUAAUGCGAAUGUUGUUGCACAAGCAAACCUGACGCAUGCUAAAACAGUUCAGCCGGCGCGGACGGUGUGUAAUCGUUUUUUUCUCUCUUCAUGUCGGGAAAGUCUAGUCCCAGGCAGGAAAUGAGUGGAAUAAUGAUGCCGAGAAGGUUAGGUGUAUGCAGAUUCUAUUAAAAAAAGCGCUUCUGUAACCGUGAUGCCAGACUUUCGUAAGUUUGCUUACAGCAUGGACCGUGUACACUGCAAGUGAUUGUGCUAGUGCAUUUGUACUGACUGCAGGCUCGAAAAUACACUCAGUAGUAUCGGCAUUAUGACGGUAGGUGUAUCAGUUCCUUUCAUUGCCGAGGAAUGUUUUCGCCAUCUCAAGCACCUCAACACUGCUACCUGAGGUAGGAUUAUGUUACUUUGAUUGUCAAAAUCUAUGUUCUUUAGUUCAUGCGGCAUCUUAAACUAUGUAAGAUUAGCAGCAAUCUACACACCAGCACUUUCAUGAAAUCAUGUAGUGGCACCAGACAUCACCUGCAGACCUUUUAAAUAUAUUCUUCGAGGAUACACACGAACUAAACAUGCCGUUUGCAUGUAUAUAGAUUGUAAUUGUCUUACAUGUUAUAAGUGAAGAAAAAAGUUUGAUGGGGACAGAGCUAACGACCAUAUUUCAACGUUAUGGUAAUGUCUGCACCAGAUCUCAAGGUCUUUGGCACGUGACGAUUUCCGCGUACUGCCAGUUAGAUACCUCGGUGAAAAAUGGCUUGAAUUGCUGCUACCAAAUGGUCUAGAUUGUGCCAGAGUCGAAAUAUAUGCGAGGCUUUAUGAGUUGUGAUAUAGCCGAAGCAAGGCCCAGACGCAUACGGCAUUCCCUUAUUUUUGUUAUUGUUAUGUUUGUCUUUCACCUUUUCGCAAAUGCGAAGCGUGUUAAACUGUCUUGAAUAAAAUUUUCAUUCUCAUUCUU